AUGGGCCCCUGUACCGCCUCCUCAUGCUGCUGCCAGGCCCGUAAUCUGCCAUGGGCCCCCGUACCGCCUCCUCAUGCUGCUGCCAGGCCCGUAAUCUGCCAUGGGCCCCUGUACCCGCCUCCUAAUGCUGCUGCCAGGUCCAGAGUGUGUCAUGGGUCCCUGUACGGCCUCCCAUUGCUCUGUCUCCAUCGCCACACUCUGCCAUGUGCCACUUUCAGGUCUCCUCACACUGCUGGUGGGUUCCAUUUUUGUCAUAGGGUGCUGUAUGGCCUCCCAUUGCUGCUGCCUCCACCGCCACACUGUGGCUCCACACUCUGGUUUUAGCCCCGUGACUGCCCAAAUGAGUGAAGUGUGCGGGAUUCUAAGAUCGACGGCACUCAUCUGCAUGUCAUACUGACUGACAGUAUUAUUUCUCUUCCCCAGCAGACUCCAAGGGCAUUUAAAUUAAAGGUACAGUGUUCUGCACUAAUAUGA